AGCCUCGGAGCGGGAGGGCGCAACUUUCCCCCGGUCCCGGACGGGGCGGGGACGGCAGCGGGACAACUUGGAAAACUUCGGGGAGGACGGCAGGGGUGCCGGGUGCUGGUGGAAGAGGAUGUAGGAAGGGCAGUGGCUGGCCCCAGGCAUCCCUCGGUCUCCUAGGCCCCGUUCGGCCUGGCCAUGGGGCUCCAGCGCCUUCUGCGCCGCCAGGGGGUUGAUCCUCCCGUCUAGCCUAGCAGGGUAGGACAGUGCUGUCGCCGGCUGAGCAGGCGCUGGGAGAGCAGCGACCCCUCUGGCCGCGUCCCACUCCGCCAUGGACCACCAGGAGCCCUACUCGGUGCAGGCCACCGCGGCCAUCGCGGCGGUCAUCACGUUCCUCAUCCUCUUCACCAUCUUCGGCAACGCGCUGGUCAUCUUGGCUGUGCUGACGAGCCGCUCGCUGCGCGCCCCGCAGAACCUGUUCCUGGUGUCGCUGGCCGCUGCCGACAUCUUGGUGGCCACGCUCAUCAUCCCUUUCUCGCUGGCCAACGAGCUGCUGGGCUACUGGUACUUCCGGCGCACGUGGUGCGAGGUGUACUUGGCGCUCGACGUGCUCUUCUGUACCUCGUCCAUCGUGCACCUGUGCGCCAUCAGCCUGGACCGCUACUGGGCUGUGAGUCGCGCGCUGGAGUACAACUCCAAGCGCACCCCGCGCCGCAUCAAGUGCAUCAUCCUCACCGUGUGGCUCAUCGCAGCGGUCAUCUCCCUGCCACCGCUUAUCUACAAGGGCGACCAGGGGCCCCAGCCCCGCGGGCGCCCCCAGUGCAAACUCAACCAAGAGGCCUGGUACAUCCUGGCCUCUAGCAUCGGGUCCUUCUUUGCACCCUGCCUCAUCAUGAUCCUUGUCUACCUGCGCAUCUACCUGAUCGCCAAACGCAGCCACCGCAGAGGUCCCAGGGCCAAGGGGGGCCCCGGGCCGGGUGAGUCUAAGCAGCCCCGCUCAGUCCCUACGGGAACUUCAACCAAACUACCAACCUUGGCCUCUCUGGCUGCUUCUGAGGAGGCCAAUGGACACUCUAAGCCUACGGGGGAGAAGGAGGGGGAUACCCCUGAAGAUCCUGGGACCCCUGCCUUGCCACCCAGCUGGUCAGCCCUUCCCAGCUCAGGCCAGAGUCAGAAGGAAGGUGUGUGUGGGGCGGCUCCAGAGGAGGAAGCUGAAGAGGAGGAGGAGGAGGAGGAAGAGAGUGAGCCUCAGGCCUUACCAGCGUCUCCUGCGUCAGCGUGCAGCCCACCCCUGCAGCAGCCACAGGGUUCCCGGGUGCUGGCAACCCUACGUGGCCAGGUGCUCCUGGGCAGGGGCGUAGGCACCGCGAGUGGGCAGUGGUGGCGGCGGCGGGCACAGCUGACUCGGGAGAAGCGGUUCACCUUUGUGCUGGCCGUGGUCAUUGGCGUUUUUGUGCUCUGCUGGUUCCCCUUCUUCUUCAGCUACAGCCUGGGAGCCAUCUGCCCACAGCACUGCAAGGUGCCCCAUGGCCUCUUCCAGUUCUUCUUCUGGAUUGGCUACUGUAACAGCUCGCUGAACCCCGUCAUCUAUACCAUCUUCAACCAGGACUUUCGCCGUGCCUUCCGAAGGAUCCUUUGCCGCCAGUGGACCCAGACGGCAUGGUGAGCCACCUGCCCGCCGCCCAUGUAGGGUUGGUGCCAGGUGGCACCAGGGCCACCCCGAUUCCUGCCCUGUUUUCUGUGGCCACCUCCCUGGGGCUUUCUGGCUCCUGCCCGGGUCCUGCAGGCCUCCUCUUGGGAGCCCCCCUGGAGGGGUAGGGGCAGGGGUGCUGUUCACUGGGGGUCCAUCUGAAGCCUCCAAAGCCAGCCAGGAUAGAGCCCCUCCCUCCCAGGACCCCAGACCCCGGCAAGCCAAUGGGUGGGCUUUCCUUCUGGACUCUGUGUUCCCUGGCCGGUCACUUGUUUGUGGUGGUUUGUUUCUCAUCUUCCCCGGGUAAAGAGCAGGAAAGCCAGCUUUCCAUUUUUCCCAGGAGCACCUGCCACUGAGGAGGAGGCAGAACUGAGGGACCCACGCUGGAUGCCCGGGGUCCCCAUCCGGCGCUGGGUGGGGGGGUUUAUGGUCUGACGCUGCUUCUGGGGCCUUCUCCCCUUUCUACCUACUUUUGGAUUUGUAGCUCCUUUAAAAGCCAAAACGUUUUCUGGAAUCAUUUUCCUCACCUGGCACCCCUCUGGGAGGUGGGUGUGUGCCAGUGGACGCCUCGCCUUGGUGGGGUGGUCUGGAGGCCUGGCAUCUGCCUGACGGGAGAUCCCUGAUCACUAGCAUUCACCCCCUGCAAAAACCCCGGGGACUUGCUGCUGGGAGAUGAGAGGCUUUGCAGAAAGCUUUGAGCUCCGUAGGGGAACACACUAGAGAACCAGAAAAUGUGAUUGUUUGGUGAUAUAAAAAUCCCCUUUCUCUGUGUUUACCACCACCUGUCUUCCCGUAGACUUUUGUUCUGUGCCUGGGGUGUGUGAAUUCUUACCCCAAACUGGACGUGGGGAAUGGUAGAGAGAACCACUAUUUCUUCGAGAACGUGUUCUUGCGCCUGCAAGGGUUUAGCUAUUAUGCUGCAUGACAACUUCUCGACAUUUCAUCCACAACACCAACGGGGUUUUCAGGGGCUUGGGCCCCCCAGUGGGAGAAAAGUCUUUAGUCAUCGAGCAGGCUAAUUGUUUUCCCAAGAUGGCUAAAAAGACCCACACCAUGGGAGCAGCCUGAGAUGAGAGCCUGGGGUGGGUGACAGAGCCCCCAGGUAGGGUGCUGCGGCCAGAACAGGUGAGUGAGGGCCCCGUGGACUCCUGCAGGGGCCUCCCACCAGAGCGCUCAGGCAGGUCUCCAAGCCCCCAGCGGGUCCCUGUGAUGUAUAAGCGACCCCACCCCAGAUGGGGUGGGGGCCGGCUGGCUAUCUCUGUCCCAGCCACGUUGCUCCAUCCCACUGAUGGGGCUCCAGGGGUCUCUCCCUCCUGGUUGUCUCCCCAUCCCCGGGACCUGGCACCCAGAACACUUGGGAGCAUUUGAAGGACGUUUCCCAUUCUUCUCCAAGGAGCGCCUGGCUUGGACAUUAAGUCAGCGGGCAGCUAGCGUGGGACAGGGGCUGAGCAGCCCAGGCACUGUCGGCCCUCUGAUGGGCCUGGCUGGACCUGGAGAGGUGCUGAGAGUUUUCCCGGGCGGAGAGAAUGGAGGGGACCAAAGAGAGUCCCUCCUGGGGAGAGGGGCUGUCUAGCUCCUUCCUCGGUCUCAGGGUGAGGCCAAGGCUGUACCCAGGGGCGUGGCUGACUUGUGACAUCUGACUGGUCUUGUGUGUGUCCUGUGGGACUCCUGCUAUUGUGGUUGCCUGUGGGCCCCUUGUUGUGAUAUGCAGAUGUUUUUGUUGUUGUUUUUUUAAAGUCUGAGCUAUUUUAUCAA